GCGGGUCCCGCCGACUGGAGAGCGCCCGCGCGGCCCAUCUGGAGGGCGGCGGCGGCGGCGGCCGGGCAGUUGGGGUCUCCGCUGCAGUUGGGCUGCGGGCAGCUCGGGCCGGCCGCGGGCGCCGGAGGUGGAGGAAGACGGGUGCCCCUCCGGCUUGAGGACAGACUCGCUUAGUCGUCAGUCAUUUAAGCUGAGUGCAUUGUGAUUUCCAAUAAUUGAGGCAGUGGUUCUAAAAGCUGUCUACAUUAAUGAAAAGAGCAAUGUGGCCAGCUUGACUAAGCCGCCAGCGUGUGCAGCGCGGGCAGGACGGCACCCGGGUCUCGACGGACUUGUGCAUGUUAGCUGUAUAGAUUUAUGUAAGGUUUUUUAAAACUCUGGUCUUUUAAAAUAGUCUUAACCACUUUUACUAUGGAGACAUGUGAGAGCCCCUCUCCUCUCCCGCGUGAGCCCGCAGGAGGAGCGGUGAUGGAGAACCAAGCUUGCCCCCUCCGAGCGCUGCCCCGUGGACAGUCUCCACCACCUCCCCUGCAAACGUCCAGUGAUGCAGAGGUAAUGGACGUUGGCUCUGGUGGUGAUGGACAGGCCGAACCCCCUGCUGAGGACCCACUCAACUUCUACGGAGCUUCUCUUCUCUCCAAAGGAUCCUUCUCUAAGGCCCGCCUCCUCGUAGACCCGAACUGUAGUGGCCACAGCCCGCGCACCGCCCGGCACGCACCUGCGGUCCGGAAGUUCUCCCCUGACCUUAAGUUGCUUAAGGAUGUAAAGAUUAGCGUGAGCUUUACCGAGAGCUGCAGGAGUAAGGACAGGAAGGUGCUGUACACGGGAGCGGAGCGCGACGCGCGGGCAGAGUGCGGUCUGGCCCUUAGCCCUGUCAGUGGAGACGUGCAUGCUUGUCCCUUUGGCGGGAGUGUUGGUAACGGGGUAGGUGUAGGGGGUGAGAGUGCGGAUAAGAAGGAUGAGGAGAAUGAGCUGGAUCAGGAAAAGAGAGUGGAGUACGCAGUGCUGGAUGAGUUAGAAGAUUUUACUGACAAUUUGGAGCUAGAUGAAGAAGGAGCAGGCGGGCUCACGGCUAAAGCGAUCGUGCAGAGAGACAGAGUGGACGAAGAGGCCUUGAAGUUCUCCUACGAGGAUGAUUUUGACAACGAUGUUGAUGCUCUGCUGGAAGAGGGCCUCUGUGCUCCCAAAAAGAGGCGGAUGGAGGAGAAAUACGGAGGAGACAGCGACCACCCGUCAGACGGAGAGACAAGUGUGCAGCCAAUGAUGACCAAGAUUAAAACAGUGCUCAAAAGUCGUGGCCGCCCACCUACAGAACCACUGCCGGACGGGUGGAUCAUGACGUUCCAUAACUCCGGAGUCCCCGUGUACCUGCACCGAGAGUCUCGGGUGGUCACCUGGUCCAGGCCAUACUUCUUGGGAACGGGAAGCAUACGGAAACAUGACCCUCCUUUGAGUAGCAUCCCCUGUCUGCAUUACAAGAAAAUGAAAGACAAUGAGGAAAGGGAGCAAAACAGCGAGCUCUCCCCCUGUGGGGAGGUGUCCCCUGCCAAGCCCCUGAGCCGAUCUGCAGAGCUGGAGCUCCCCCUGGAAGAGCCCGACUCCUUGGGGGCUGACUUGGGGCCCCCAGAUGAGAAAGACCCAUUGGGGGCCGAGGCCGCCCCCGGGGCCCUGGGGCAAGUGAAGGCCAAGGUGGAAGUGUGCAAAGAUGAAUCAGUUGACCUCGAGGAGUUUCGGAACUACCUGGAGAAACGCUUUGACUUCGAGCAAGUUACCGUGAAGAAGUUCAGGACAUGGGCUGAGCGUCGGCAGUUCAACCGAGAAAUGAAGCGAAAACAGGCUGAGUCAGAGAGGCCCAUCCUGCCGGCCAAUCAGAAGCUCAUCACUCUGUCUGUGCAGGACGCGCCCACGAAGAAAGAGUUUGUCAUCAACCCCAAUGGGAAGUCGGAGGUCUGCAUCCUGCACGAGUACAUGCAGCGCGUCCUCAAGGUCCGCCCUGUGUACAACUUCUUUGAAUGUGAGAACCCAAGUGAGCCUUUUGGUGCCUCGGUGACCAUCGACGGUGUGACCUAUGGAUCUGGAACGGCAAGCAGCAAAAAACUUGCGAAGAAUAAAGCUGCCCGGGCCACGCUGGAAAUCCUCAUCCCGGACUUUGUUAAACAGACCUCUGAGGAGAAGCCCAAAGACAGUGAGGAGCUGGAGUAUUUUAACCACAUCAGUAUCGAGGACUCGCGAGUCUACGAGCUGACCAGCAAGGCUGGACUGCUAUCUCCCUACCAGAUCCUCCAUGAGUGCCUUAAAAGAAACCAUGGGAUGGGGGACACCUCCAUCAAGUUUGAAGUGGUUCCUGGUAAAAACCAGAAGAGUGAAUAUGUCAUGGCGUGUGGCAAGCACACAGUGCGCGGCUGGUGCAAGAAUAAGCGAGUCGGGAAACAGUUAGCUUCUCAGAAGAUCCUUCAGCUGCUGCACCCACAUGUCAAGAACUGGGGGUCCUUGCUGCGCAUGUACGGCCGUGAAAGCAGCAAGAUGGUCAAACAGGAGACGUCGGACAAGAGUGUGAUUGAGCUGCAGCAGUUUGCCCGGAAGAACAAGCCCAACCUGCACAUCCUGAGCAAACUGCAGGAGGAGAUGCGGAGGCUGGCGGAGGAGAGGGAGGAGACGCGGAAGAAGCCCAAGAUGUCCAUCGUGGCAUCUGCACAGCCUGGCGGCGAGCCCCUGUGCACUGUGGACGUGUGAUGGCUGGUGGUCCGGGCUCAGGGGCUGCCAGCUCUGCUGCGGGGGAGACCUGCCCUCACUCUGCAGCCCCGGGUCUCCAGUCCACAGUCCCCCGCCACUGCGUGUCUGACAGCCAGGCCCACGCAGCUCUUCCUUGGGGGCCACCCACAGGUCUGGGUGGCCGUGUUAAAGCAUCGACUCAGCCUGCCACACAGGUGGACACAGAGAGGUGGGAGGUCGCCAUGGACCUCUGCUUGUGUGGACAUGCUGCAGACUGGUGUUAUGAAGGUUUUCAUGAAUUUUAGUAUGUAACAGGCGCUGACAAGAAAUGAUAGUUGGAUGACAUGAAAUGAGAAAGCCCUGCGCCUGGGGCUCCCGUGGGCACCGUAGGGACCUGGCCAGAAGGUGCACGCUGGCACCCCAUCCCCUUCCCCGCCUCCUGGGUUUUCCUUUUUUCUCUGAAAAAGUUAUAGUUAGGAAGGAGUAUUUCAGACCUCUUUGGUUUAAAAUAAACACAACUUAGUAUCAGAACUAUUUUUCAGAGGCUGUAGGCAAACCACCAAGGUGAUCAUUCUUUGCCUUGAAAUGCAUUGCCCGUGAUGUGGAUGAAGGCACCUGUCCCUGCCCAGCUUGCUG